ACUUCUUAUUGACCUUUGAUGUCAGAGUCAGCCUGUGCCAAAACAACACCGUGUCAGUUUUACCGACUGCGUCUGUUAUUAAACGAGCGGUCCAGCAGAGUCCGUCAGAGCGUCGGUGCAGGUGACAGAGGAUGCAGGCAGAGUGACGGACACUCACAGCUCACCUGACGGCCGUCACGCGGGCAUAAAAGACUGCGGACACGUUGGGCUCAGAAAAGCUUUUGCGGCCCUCACGGUUCCCUCACCGGCGACCACGUGCUUGGCUACUCAUAUUUUUUUGGAUAAGAACGUCAUCGAACUGGAGAGUAUGCUGUUUUGGCACAGCCAUCCUGAAACCUACCAACAGCACGCGCAAAAUAAUUAUAUACGAGAUGCUCUUGCUCCGUUUCUCAAGCAUGAGGAGGAGCAGCAGUCCACUGAGAUCGGAGUGUCUCCUUUUCAUCAUGUGCUUUGUGCAGCCACAUCUCCAGCUGUGAAACUCCAGGACGAAACACUCACGUAUCUAAAUCAAGGUCAGUCCUAUGAAAUCCGUAUGCUUAACAGGAAACUAGUGGAGUAUACAGAUAUAAGCAGUAAAUAUAUAAAGAGUAUUGUGCGUGUAGUUUUCCAUGACCGGCGGCUGCAGUACACAGAGCAUCAGCAGCUGGAGGGAUGGAGGUGGAACCGACCAGGAGACAGAAUCUUGGAUAUAGAUAUCCCGUUGUCGGUGGGCAUAAUGGAGCCUCGAGCCCACCCACUGCAGCUCAACACCAUAGAGUUUCUCUGGGAUCCUGACAAAAAUGCCUCCGUGUUCAUUCAGGUAAACUGCAUUAGCACUGAGUUCACUCCUAGAAAACAUGGUGGAGAGAAGGGUGUCCCCUUCCGCAUUCAGAUAGACACCUUCUCAGCCGGCGAGCACGGAGAAUACACUGAACACAUGCUCUCUGCCAGCUGCCAGGUCAAAGUCUUCAAGCCAAAAGGCGCAGAUCGCAAACUCAAGACUGACAGAGAGAAGAUUGAGAAAAAGAGUCCUCAGUAUAGAGAAAAAUAUCAACCAUCCUAUAAAACGACAGUGCUGACUGAAUGCUCCCCUUGGCCUGAAGCCCCAUCAGUCAGCAGAACAAGCAACACUCCAUCUCCUGGUUAUCACAUCGCUCACACUUCUUACAGCUUCCCAGAAGAAAACUGCUCUCCAGACCAGCAGGGGGAGCUACAUUUGCCCAGCUGUUCGGAUCACCUGUUGCCAUCGUCCUCCAUGCAGGACACGCAGCAGUGGCUCCAUGGUAAUAGGUUCUCCUCUUUCUGCAGGCUCUUCUCUGGCUUCUCAGGUUCUGAUCUGCUAAAAAUGAGUAGAGAAGAUUUCAUUCAGAUCUGUGGUCCUGCUGACGGCAUCCGUCUUUUCAAUGCAAUCAAAGGAAGGUGUAUACAACCUCGUCUCACUGUCUAUGUAUCCCAGCUACAGAACAGGAACCAACUGCACACCAAAGCAGUGGUGUACCAUGCUCUCUACCUAGAGGACCUAACUGUCCUUGAGCUCACUGAGAAGAUAGCCAAUCUAUAUAAUGCUCCCUCACAGCAAAUCCGUCGCGUAUACAGACAGGGGCCGACGGGGAUCCACAUCUUGGUUUCAGAUGAGAUGGUGCAGAACUUUACAGAGGAGUGUAGCUUCAUUAUCAGCACUAUGAAAGAUGAAUGUAAUGAUGGCUACCAUGUUGUACUGAAGUGACCUGAGACUACUGGAGCAUUGCAGGUGCCUUUGGCUGAUUUUCACAAUACUGGACUGUUUCUAAGUUAAAUAUCACCUGGUGGAAUGUGAGCUGAAUGAAUGUGGAUCAUUUUUGUAUGAUGUAGAUGACCGUUAUGUAUUUUAAAGAGAGAAUGUUGUGAAAGGUUUUCUGGAAACGAAUUAAAAUAUUAAUUAUUUUAUAUUUUGUUCAGUUUAUAAAUUUCUGUUUUAAAGUAAUUAUUUUUUAUCACAUUACAGUGGUAUUGUAGCAUUCUUUUUUUCAAACCUUUUUUUCUUUUGUUUUAUUAUUUGAUACGAAAUAGCAAAUACAUGAUUUACAGUGCAGAUGACCUUAGCAAAAAAAAAAAGUCAUAUAUUUAUGUUUCUGUUUAAUCUAAUAAGUUUUAUGUGAUACGUUUCUAAAAAAAAAAUAAAAAUACUAAUUAAAAACUUGGCCAUUUAUAAAAUAGAUAUUGGUGUUAAUACUAAUGCCACUAUUGUGCACAAACAUGGAUUUUACAGAUCCCUAAAUAAUUGCUAGCAGAAGAUGAUCUCUCAGUAAUGUUGGCGUGAAUUGAUUCUUUUGUUCCUCACAGACUGAAGAUAUCUAAAUAAAGUUAUUGCUCAGGAUGUUUUGCUUUGCUUUGCUUUUUCUCACACAAUGCUUUUGAGAUUUGCAUUUUUGUAACUGAUUAAUGAUUAUGUAUUUUUCACAAAACUACAAUAACACCCGUUGGUUUGGUGACCUUAUCGUGAUGAACCUUGCUGUUUGAUAAGCUUUUAAAAACGUAUUUUGUAGGGAAAAUGCCAUAAGUGUUAUAUACAUUUGAAUAGUAAACGUUCUCGUCAUAAAUGUAAUGUUUAUGUUCGAGUGUGUUACAAAUGAACUUGUUUUAUUUGUACCGUUUUCGAUCACCCCACUAACAGAUGUGAUGAGUUACACCUGUCACUUCAAGUGCACAAAGAAAGCUUAUAGGUUUAUAUUAUGUGCGUACAGCAGUUUUACGAAUCAGAUGUUUUUUUUUUGCUUUGUCGUACAAAUCUUUUCCGUGGGAUGUAAUGUGUAUCAGUAGGUUGUCUAGGUUCAGCUUGUGAAAUGUGCUGGUUAUGAAACAGAGAGUUUAUUGACAAAAGACAUUGGUUUCUACCCGGAUUCUCCUCCAAUUCCUCUGUAGUCAUGAGGUUAGUAUAGUCGAGUAAACUUGUAGGGCUGAUUUUGUGUGUUACUCCAUGAAGUGGAAAGCGGCACACUUCAGUGAUCAGCUCUGAAUCCACUGUGUUCCUCGCGAUUUCCCAAACCAUGUAGCGGCACAGACAAAAGACAAAUGUGCUUAGCAACACAUGCAGACCAUAAAAUUGAGUUACUUGAAUAAUUUGUCGGUCUAAUAGUUUUCGGUGCGUUUAAUGUGAGCAAUGCGGAUUUUUAGUAAGUAAACACUUAACACUUUUAGUAGUUUAAUUUGUCUACUAACGUUGUAUGCAUUACAGGGAGAAUUCUACCUUUUUUUUUUUGUACAUUUCCAUUUUCAACAUGUGUUCGUGACUCGUGGUGGAAACGACGCCACAUCAAUCGUAAAAUGUAUUAAAAGAAAAUAAUUUGAAUAAUUUCUACAUAAUAAAUAAUAAACGUUUAUUUCAGUCCUUGUUCAGGUUGUCAUGUUUAAAAUAAUUUUAUGAUCGACUUUAAUUAAUUUAAAAUUAUAUCAAAAUCACCGUAAGGAACAGCAUGUUAAAUUUCAUAAUUGUCAGUCCACAAACACGGGUGGAUACAGCAUUAAUAAUAAUAAUAAUAAUAAUCGAUAGGAUAUUUUCUCUAUUCCACCACUAGGGAGCGUCAGUGCUUCAUUAAGCAAAAUUAUGUAUUUUAUAGCGGAACCGAUAUGCGUGUAUGUAAGCCGAUGUUUCUCAUACAAUUAAGUUUUAAAAUGUAUUAAACUGCUGCUGGUUAAGCUCCAUCCCUACACAGGAUAGAAUCAACAACU